AUGGAGAUAGCCUCAGACAUUGAAAUGAGCUUGAAAUUGACCAGAGAUGGUGGCAGAACUGGAGAUGGUCAUGGCCCCAGCCAUGUCAGCACAGAAAGUCAAGACAGAGAUGCAGAAAGUUCAAGUGAAUACAUCAACUGGGAAAGCAUGGAAGAUGCUGACCAUUUCUUCAGUAAUGAAAAAUUCUUCCAGUACCACUUAAAAGUCAAAGAACUAGGAGAGGAAAUAGAGAUGGAGGUGGAAGAGGGAGAAUAAGAGCAGCCCCAGGUACAGUGCAAUGAAGCCAACCCUGAUGGGCAUUUAUCAGAUGAGGAACAAACCCUGAAGUACUGGGUGUCCUCCGAGACAUGUGCCCCGCCUCACCCCCACUGGCGAGUCCUUACUACUCUUCAAGAGCAGCAACUAGGUUCAAGGCCCCGCUUUAUAUAUGAGGCCUGUGGGGCAAGAGUCUUUGUGCAGCAUUUCCAACUGCAGUAUGAGCUUAAAGGCCAUAAUGGUUGGGUCAAUACUGUGCACUUUAACCAGUGUGGCACCUGGCUGACUAGUAGCAGUGAUGAUCUUAGAGUGAUAGUGUGGGGCUGGGUGUGCCAGCAGCCAGUACUGGCUUUUGAGAGUGGCCACACAAAUAAUGUCUUCCAAGCCAAGUUCCUUCCCAACUGUGGCGAUUCCACCCUGGGCAUGUGUGGCUGUGAUGGGAAGAUCCAGAUCGCAGAGCUGCCGGCUAUUCCACACUGCAAGAAUACUAAGUAUGUGGCCCAACACAGGGGAGCCUCCCAUAAGUUGGCUCUUGAGCCAGACUCCCCUUUUAAGUUCCUAACUUCAGGGGAAGAUGCAGUCGUUUUUACCAUUGACCUCAGACAAAGACCACCAGCUUCAAAAGUGGUGGUAACAAGAGAGAGCGAGCACAAAAUAGGGCUGUAUACAAUCACUGUGAAUUGUGCCAAUAUGUAUCAAUUUGCAGUGGGUGGACAAGAUCAAUUUGUAAGAAUUUAUGAGCAGAGGAAAACUGAUGAGAGGGGAAAUAAUGGAGUACUUAAGAAAUUCUGUCCUCAUCACUUGGUUAACUAUGAUUCCAAAGCAAAGAUCACCUGCCUUGUAUACAGCUACAAUGGCACAGAGCUCUUGGCCAGUUACAAUGAUGAAGAUAUUUUUCUCUUCAAUUCCUCCCACUGUGAUGGGGCCCAGUACGUUAAGAGAUACAAGGGGCACAGAAAUAAUGCUGCACUCAAAGACAUCAGUUUCUAUGGCCCCAGAAGUGAGUUUGUGGUGAGCAGUAGUGAUUGCGGGCACAUCUUCCUUUGGGAGAAAUCAUCCUGCCAGAUCGUUCAGUUCAUGGAGGCGAACAAGAGAGGUACCAUAAACUGUCUGGAACCCCAUCCUUACCUACCUGUGUUGGCAACCAGUGGCCUAGACCUUGAUGUCAAUAUCUGGGCCCCCACAGCUAACACUACCACUGAGCUUAUUGGGUUAAAGGAUGUGAUUAAGAGGAACAAGCAGGAAUGAGAUGAAGAUUUCUUACACCAUAACAACCUGUAUGACAGCCACAUGCUCUGGCUCUUCAGACAUCGACUGGCACAGAGAGGUCAUCGCCAGUGCUGA